AUGGCGGCGGCCGUCGACAGUGUUGUUAAAGUGCUGGGCGAGCAGUAUUACCGAGAUGCCAUGGAGCAGUGCCACAGCUACAAUGCCAGACUGUGUGCUGAACGCAGUAUCCUCAUGCCCUUCUUGGACUCACAGACUGGUGUGGCUCAGUCCAAUUGUUACAUCUGGAUGGAGAAGAGACACCGGAGCGCAGGUGUUGCUCCAGGUCAACUGUAUACGUACCCAGCUCGCCGUUGGAGGAAGAAACGGCGCUCCCAUCCGCCCGAAGACCCCCGAUUGGCCUUUCCCCCUCUCAAAACAGCAGAUGUGGACCUGGGCCUGAAGCGUGAUGCCUUAGGGGCGGUGGAUGGCAGCAGUCUGGAGGCGCUGCUGAAAGGCGAGCCUCUUGACAGGAGAAGCGCCGUGACGGACGUGCGGGCCGCCGCUGAGGACGAUCCAGCUACCGUAGACCCCCCCGCUAGUUCCACGACAACUCACACAUCUUCUGGACGUGUCCGCAAGAGAGUCCUCGACCACGAUGACUAUUUAGAUGACUUAGACGAUGAGGACUUUGAGGAUGAGACUCCCAAGAGGAAAGGAAAGAGCAAAUCCAAGGGUCGCAGUGACAAGAACGGUAAGAAGAAAAGCGAGGCUGCAGCAGCAGCUCUAGAGGAAAGAGACAAACCUUACGCCUGCGACAUCUGUGGGAAGCGCUACAAGAACAGACCGGGCCUGAGCUACCACUAUACGCACUCUCACCUAGCGGAGGAGGAGGGCGAGGACCGUGAGGAGAUCGAGGCACCACCCACUCCUCGCCAACCUGAGGAGCAGAAGACAACAAAAAAGGGUCCGAAUGGUCUGGCACUACCUAACGAUUAUUGCGACUUCUGUCUGGGAGACUCCACCUUGAACCAGAAGACCGGCCAAUCAGAAGAGCUCGUUUCCUGCUCGGACUGUGGACGUUCAGGCCAUCCCACAUGUCUGCAGUUCACGCCUGUAAUGAUGGCUGCUGUCAAGACAUACCGCUGGCAGUGCAUUGAGUGCAAGUGCUGCAAUGUAUGCGGCACGUCAGAGAAUGAUGAUCAGUUGCUAUUUUGCGACGACUGUGACCGAGGCUACCACAUGUAUUGCCUUAGUCCUCCGAUGACCGAACCGCCAGAGGGGAGCUGGAGUUGCCACCUGUGCCUGGCUCUGCUCAAGGACAAAGCCUCCAUCUACCAGCAGAACCAGGGCUCUGCUUGCGAGUGA